GUUGCCAAUCGAUGGUUUAUAGCUUUUAUGAUGGAACUUCAGGGUAUUGACCAUUCAGAUGAUGUUGACAAUUCGUCGGCUGAUGACACAAUGUACUGUAGCCCCUGUGAGAAAGGGGGCGGUCACAUUGCUGCUAACAGCUUCUGUGACAACUGCGAUGAAUACCUCUGCUUAAGCUGUGUCAAAGUCCAUAGAAAUAUGAAGGUUACCCAAGACCAUGUUGUACUCAGUGGUGAUUCCAUGCCAUAUUUUCAUUCUCCUAACAAGGCAGAUGGUAAAAAAGGAUUAACCGGAUGUACGGAACAAUGUCCGAGUCAUUCCAAUGAAAUUAUCAAGUUUUUCUGCUCCGAACACGAUUCUCUUAAUUGCAGAGACUGUAUUGUUGUAGGUCAUCAAACAUGCAAAAUUGACUAUAUACCAGACAUUGCUGAAGGCUUUCGGCAGGGCAAGGACUUUGAAAGUCUAAAUACCAACAUUGCAAAAGUGGACCGCGACCUAGAAAACUGUGAUAAAUUGAUUGAAACGUGCCUGAAGACUAUUGAAGAAGAGGUAGCUGAAGAACUCAAACAAAUACGAGAACACAGAGCAGAGGUAGUUGCAUACUUCGACAAGAGAGAGAAAGAGCUGCUAGCCAAGGUGAAUGAUAUCAAGAAAAUCAAUGAUGAAAAUGUUCAAUAUUUUAAAAAGAAAUGCCAGGUUGCAAAAGAUCAAAUGAACGCAAUCAAAUCCAGUCUAGAAUCACAUGAAAAUAACAUUAGUCAGUUAUUUGUUGUGGCUAAACAGUCCAAACGUCAGCUGGAGGAAAUUCGAACAACGUUAGAUGAUAUAAAUACAAAUAUGUCAAUUCAGACUUCCAAGUUUGUUAAGGACCACGAAACUACUGAUCUGAUGAUGUCUCUUACAGCCCUAGGGACUAUUGAGGAAAACAAGAAAAUGCCACUACAAAAGCCAACAAAGAAAGGAUUCCCAUUCAAAAAGGACUCAUCAGCUGAAAUCUUAGCCAGGCAAGGUAAAAUGUUCACCCCAAGCUGGCAUAGUGGAAUCACCUUUCUGUCAGACGACAAAAUACUUGUUGUUGAUUGUGGGUAUGGAUGUUCUUCUGUAAGACUUUUGAACACAAAGAGCAAUAAAGUUGAAUGUCAAUUGAAACUAGCAUACUUUCCAUGGGAAUCAUGCCUUGUGACCCCGACCAAAGCAGCAGUAACUUUGCCUAGGCAAGCAACGAUUCAAUUUAUAGAAAUCAAUGGAGAUGAACUUACCAUCCAGGGAGAAUUAAAGCUAGAUGGAGAUUGCAGAGGAGUAGAUUAUCACGAUAAUAUGUUGUAUGUAUGCUUCAAAAAUGCUAAGAAAAUUGAAGCCAUGAGCCUUGCAGGAAGAAUCAUCCAUAAAGUUGACAACAAAUCAGUUGGAAACUAUUUAUUUAUGGGUCCAUUGAAUGUAAGAAUUAUGAAAGAAAAUUCGCCAUGUCUCUUUGUUGUUGACAGAGACAGCCACACUGUAGUUAAGUUUAGUCUUAAGUUGGAUGUUCUGGCUAAAUAUGAAGAUCCAAUUUUGAAAUUUCCACACGGUCUAGAUGUGGUAGGGAAUGGUGAACUUGCUGUUUGCGGGAGAGAUACCAACAAUAUUGUUCUCCUUGACACUGAAGCAGGUACGAUGGAAACAUUGCUUGGUACCAUAGAUGGAUUAGAUAAACCACUUAGUGUUUGCUUCUCCCGGAGUCAGCUGAAAAUGUUCGUUGGAAGCCAGGUGAAUAAUCAUAUCAAGAUAUUUACAUUUAAAGCUGUGUAGCUUUCCUCCGCAGAAGACACUUCAAAAGUGUUGUAUUGUUAGACAAGAUGUUAUCAGUGUCUUGAUUAAUAAAUGAUUUGUGAAUACUGAAAGUCCUCAAAGUAUACAGUGUACAUUUUUAUUAACGAAUUAACAGAUUUUUUUAAAAAUGUGAAGAAAAUGGAAGUUGCCAAUCAUAGUCUUACAUGGGAUGUUUCGGCCACACAUCAAAAGUCUUCACUUAUGUUAUCAUUUUCAACCUUGUAUGUUAUAAGGGACUUGCCAUUUGCGUUAAAUGCGUUAACAGUACUGUUCUCCUCGAGACUGUAACACUGUUUGAUGCAGAGGAUGGAUAAGACAAACUACUUAUUUGGAGCCUGCUUCCCCCAGAGUUAGUCGAAAAUUAAUUGACAUGUUAUACGGGAUUCUUCCAAUCCCUUUGAAGGAUUUGCCAUAUCAAAAAUCAUAAAAAAAAAUCCGUCAACGUACAAUUAUUUGGACUACCCCCAGAGUCAGCAGAAAAUGUUCGUUGGAUGCAAGGGACAUAAUUUUUUAUAGUGAUAUAAAGAUUAUCCAAUUUUAUUGACAAAGGGGUAGUGGUGAUGCCUGUGUGGUCUGUGUUCUGUAAUUGUGCUAUAUAUGUUUGUGUCGUUUGGGCCUUACGUUGUGCCUCAGGGAUGUGAUUGACCUGGUAGCUGGAGGGCUGAAACCAUUUCGGCCAUGGGUUCUUGGGGCACUUUUGGGGUCAAAAGCACACUGCUGUAGAAGAAAAACUGGCUUUUUUGAAGCUCUUUUGAGGGUUCUUCUGACUUUAAAUUUAAAGCAAACCGGGAUAUCAACUCUAACAACCAAAAGCACACUAAUAUCUUUUUUAAUCAGCUAAAAAAACAAAACAAAUCACAUCCCUGUGCCUCUUAGUAAGCAUGGUUGAUAUAUGCAAUUUUGACUACUGGGAUUGUACCUUAUUAGUUUUCAUUAAAUUACUGAAGCACAAAAGUAUUUAGAAGAACCAUUGGAUGUCAGGAAAAACAGGUACAUUUGUACCAGACACUUGUAUGGUCGUCUUAUACCACGAAAACAACAACAGCAACAACACGUUUUGGGUGUUAAACUGUAUGCAAAUGGUUUCGAUUGUUGUUUUAAAUAGUGUCGUUACUUUUUAUUUUUAGAACUUUUAUUCUAGAUCAAAGGAAAUCAUCAUACUUUACUUGAUUGACAUUAUUUUUUGUUGUUGUUUUUUUUAUGAGAGUUUGUAUAAAAUGUGCAUACUUUGACUGUAUUUAGAAUUUCUGUAUGUAUUAAUCACUAACCAUUUAAUAGUUUUCUUUUCUCACAUGCACAUUCAAUUAUCCAAAUUGAACAGUAGACAUGUGAAAUUUUAAUAACUUCAACUUAAGAAAACUUAUUUAGUAAAUACUAGUAGAUAAUAGAUAAAAUACGAUGAACAGUAGAGCCCCAUGUAGCGAACAACAACUCUCGUCGUUCUUUUUAUUUCAAAUGAUAUCUGUACUUUAGCAAGAGUUUUGGUCCGUAUUCUGACAGUACCUGAAAAAAAACAGACUUAUUAAUAUUUUUUAAAUAUUUGGCGUAAAUUUUGUGUAAAUAUUUAACAAACUUUCUUUUUGUGUUUUUAUUCAAGACUAAAUAAAGAAUCAGCUUAUCGAUGGCACCAUUUAAAAAUGCUGAACUUACAUUUUUGUACUUUUUCAGGAGAUACAAAAAACAAUAUAAAACGUCAUAUACAAUGACAUGUAGGUUCCGGUUUUUCUGCAACUUCUUCUAACCAGUAAACUCAAUUUCUAUUGGCUGUUAAGUCCGGUGUUUUCAGAAAAGGCGGCAAACAAAAAUGUGAUAAUAAAAAGAUGAAAACCCCGAAAUAGCAAAAAAUGUAGGUUCGGCUUUUUUAAAUGGUGCCAUGAUGACGAUAAAUACUUUCUUGAUCAUCUUUUUUAAUAUAUUGUAUGACAUGAACAUCUAAGAUAUGAA